GGAUAUCCUGAAAAUAUGUCAGAAGCUUCAUCCUACCAUGACUUUUUCUAUGAUUCACUGUCAGACAUACAGAAUGGGGAAUUUUCAAGUGAACUUUCUGCUUUCCUUACCCAGGAGGAGAUAUGUAAGAGCCUUGACAUAGCUCGGGAAGCCAUUGCCAAUUCCAAAAAGGAGGAUCAGAAAACAGCAGCAGACUUCAGUCAUUAUUUAAACACAUCACUUUCUAGCGCUUCAGAAAAUCCUUCUUUCAGGAAUGCCAAACUCCAUGAGCAAGAUGUUUUCCAGAGGCCUCGAGCAAGUAGUCUAACUUCAUCUACUGCAAGUCACAUUCUUCCAGGGAAUCAAAAAGAGCAAUCCACCACACCUCAAACAGUAAGUAGUUUUGCUACAGCCUCCAGGAGGCAAGCAAGAUCCUCACCUUCACUAACUGCUAGCCCUAGCUUCAUUAGAAGCCUGAAACAUUUGGAGAAAGACAGUCCAAGUGUGCCUAAGACAAGCUCAAAGUCUGAAUCAGCAUCCGAGGGAGAAGCUCCUUUCAGGAACAAGCUGUGUGACAAAGCUGCCACGUUGAUAGAGGAAUUGUCAUCUAUAUUUAGACAGGCAGCAAAGAUGAGAGGCCGAAGUCCUGAUGGUGACUCUUCUUCUCCAGAUAGUGGAUACCUGUCUCCUAAAAAGAAACUACCAUCUGUAAGUACUUCAAUGAACCAGGAGUUUGACAAGUCGUAUCAAGAGACUGAGCCUGAAACAAAAUUAUCUGGAGUUCAUCUGAAUGGAGAACAAUUUUCUGAAAGGGAGACCAUCACUCAGAGUGAAACUGUCUUUUGUCACCCCUUCAUCAACAUGGAAGAGGAUCAGUCUUCACCACCACAAUUCACUCAGAAGCUCAGGAGCCAAGAAGUUGACGAAGGAAACAAAGUGUUGCUGGAAUGCAGAGUUGUUGGCAACCCAGUCCCAGAUGUCAGAUGGUUCUGUGAAGGAAAAGAACUCCAGGAUUCUCCCGACAUUCAGAUCCGUUCUGGAAGUGGAGGACUUCAUUCACUAAUUAUAGCGGAAGCCUUUGAAGACGAUACUGGACGCUAUACUUGUCUGGCUUCAAAUUCCCUAGGUUCAGAUAGUACAUCAGCUGAAAUAUUCAUUGAAGGUGCCAGUUCCACCGAUUCAGAGAGUGAAAGUUUAAUUUUCAGGUCAAAAUCUGGAGCUAUGCCACAGGCCCAAAAGAAAACCACUUCUGUUUCCCUGACAAUAGGAUCUUCUACACCAAAGUCUGGAGUCACCACAGCUGUAAUUCAGCCUAUCUCUGUGCCCAGUCAACAGGUGCAAAGCCCUACUUCAUACUUGCACCAUUUGGAUGGACCCAAACCUGUCUAUUCUACACCCAUUUUUACAAAGGAGCUGCAAAACUCCACAGCAUCUGAGGGACAAGUUGUGGUAUUGGAAUGCAGGGUCAGAGGACCCCCUCCCAUUCACGUGAAAUGGUUUCGACAGGGUGUUGAAAUACAGGAUUCUCCAGACUUCAGAAUUCUCAAAAAAAAGCCACGAUCUGCAACUGAACCUGAAGAGAUAUGUACCCUUGUAAUUGCAGAAACUUUUCCUGAAGAUUCGGGACUUUUCGCAUGCACAGCAACAAAUGAGCAUGGUUCAGUUACAAGCAGCGCACAACUAACUGUCUGCUCAGCCAAUUCAGACAGCUCUAGUCAUGAAUCACUGACAAGGGAAUCCAACAGUGAUGAUUUCCAUCACUUCUCAUCACUUCCUCCAGUCGAAAUUAGCUCUCUUGAGCUUCCUCCUAAGAAACAUGCAGAGACCCACCAAGUAAACAACACUGAGUUGAGAUCUGGUAUGACAGCCCUUCAGCUACAGCUCAAUUCAUCAGAGGAAAAAACAAAUGGCAUCCAUCCCGUUCAUGGAGUAAAUGGAAUGAUUAACAGCAAGCCAAAUGGUGAUAAAUCCAUCCCACCUGCAGCUGUCUUGCUUUCACCCACAAAAGAGCCACCACCUGUACUUGCCAAACCAAAGCUGGACCCUAUAAAAAUACAGCAGCUGCAGAACCAAAUUCGUCUGGAGCAAGAAAGUGGACAGUGGUAUCGUCACCAGCAGCAACCUGACCAUCAGCAACAUCCUCCCUCUUCUCCUUCCUUUCCUCCUCCCCCCUCCUUCCAGGAGCUUGAAUCCAGCACCUCCCCUGUGCCAAUGAGUAUUCUUAACUCUCAUACUUCCCCAACCAUGCAGUCCUCCAGCUCUUUCAACUAUGCUCGGCCUAAGCAGUUUAUUGCUGCUCAGAACAUCAGCCCUGCUUCAGGUUAUGUGACUCCAUCUUCAGGAUCAUCUACAUCCAGCCUUCCUUCACCUAUGUCUCCAACUGCUUCUCAGAAACAGUUUGGGAGAGUGCCCGUUCCCCCUUUCUCUCAGCAGUUUGCUCCAGAAGGAGAGUAUGUCUGGUCUCCUUCUUCACCAUCCCCUCCUCCUCCGCCUCCACCUGUCUUUAGUCCAACCGCAGCGUAUCCAGCGUGUGAUUCCUUUCCACUUCCACCUCCUCCACCACCUCCUCUUCCUUCAGUUUCUUCACCUACCCACAGCCUGUCUCCAACUCCCAGAUUUCCUAAUUCCAGCCAGUCUCCAGCAGCUUUUCUCAGCUCCAUGCUGCCAUCCCAGCCACCACCCAUUUCUGUCAACGCAUUAGGCCUCCCAAAAGGAGUGACGCCUCCGGGAUUUCCCAAGAAAACAGGCAGAACUGCUAGGAUAGCAUCAGAUGAAGAGAUUCAAGGGUCAAAAGAUGCUGUAAUUCAGGAUCUGGAAAGAAAACUUCGCUUCAAGGAAGACCUUUUGAACAAUGGGCAACCGAGAUUAACAUAUGAAGAGAAAAUGGCUCGUCGAUUGCUGGGAGCAGAUAGUGCUGCAACUGUCUUCAAUAUACAGGAACCAGAAGAGGAGCCUGCUGUACAGGAAGCUCGCUCUGUUGGCGCUUCUGUAGCGAGUCCUAUGGAUAUUCAAAAGGAGUAUAAAGUCUCCAGCUUUGAGCAAAGAUUGAUCAGUGAAAUUGAAUACAGGCUGGAGAGAUCUCCUGUGGAAGAAUCAGAUGAUGAGGUGCAACAUGGAGAUGAACCUAUUGAUAACAGCAUGUCACCGUAUUUUGAGAUAAAGCUGAAACAUUACAAAAUCUUUGAGGGAAUGCCGGUGACAUUUACAUGCAAAGUGUCAGGAACCCCAAAGCCAAAGAUUUAUUGGUUUAAAGAUGGGAAGCAAAUUUCUAAACGAAGUGAUCACUACCAAAUUCAAAGAGAACCUGAUGGAACUUGCUCACUGCAUACUGCAGCCUCCACCCUGGAUGAUGAUGGGAAUUACACUAUUAUGGCUGCUAACCCACAGGGCAGAGUAAGUUGCACAGGCAGACUGAUGGUUCAAGCUGUAAAUCAAAGAGGCCGCAGUCCUUGGUCACCUUCUGGGCAGCCUCAUAUGAGAAGACCACGAUCUCGAUCAAGGGACAGUGGUGAUGAAAAUGAACCAAUUCAGGAACGAUUCUUCCGGCCUCAUUUUCUGCAGGCUCCCGGAGACCUGACUGUUCAAGAAGGAAAACUAUGCAGAAUGGACUGCAAGGUUAGUGGAUUACCAACUCCAGAUUUAAGCUGGCAACUGAAUGGAAGGCCAAUUCGCCCUGACAGCUCUCACAAAAUGCUGGUGCGUGAGAACGGCGUGCACUCCCUCAUCAUAGAGCCAGUCACAGCCAGAGAUGCCGGAAUCUACACGUGCGUUGCCACCAAUCGAGCUGGUGAAAACACAUUCAGCCUGGAGCUCAUUGUUGCAGCUAAGGAAAUACACAAAGCACCUGCCUUUAUUGAGAAGCUACAGAACACAGGCGUGACCGAGGGAUUCCCAGUGCGACUGGAGUGCCGGAUCUCAGGGGAGCCAGCUCCUCAGAUAUUUUGGAAGAAGGAGAACGACUCACUCACAUACAACACUGAUCGCGUGAGCAUGCACCAGGAUAACUAUGGCUACAUUUGCCUGCUUAUUCAGGGAGCUACGAAGGAGGAUGCUGGCUGGUACACAGUAUCAGCCAAGAACGAGGCUGGCAUUGUGUCUUGCACUGCCAGGUUGGAUGUUUACACUCAGUGGCAACAACCACCUCAGACAACCAAGCCAAAGAAGGUGCGGCCCUCAGCCAGCCGGUACGCUGCACUGUGUGACCAAGGACUAGAUAUCAAAGCAGCUUUCCAGCCUGAAGCAAAUCCAGUCCACCUGACGAUGCAGCCUGGCUUGGUAGAGAGCGACGAUCUGUAGAUCCAGCUGCCACUUCCACCGUUUUCUUUCAAAGCAGAAACACUGAAAGCCAUUGCCUUGACCAAUGACACUCCUAUGUCACUUUAUGCAAAGGCAGACACCUUCAAGUACAAAAGAUAAACAACAGACACCAUAACCAUAUAUUCCUUACUCAUUAUACCAAAUUAGAAGAAUAGGUAGAUUAUUAAUAGAAAUGUACACACGGCACAACAAAUCACACGCACCGGUUCCUUAUACCUAAGCUGCUUCAGCUCUUACAAAUAGCCCUUUUCAUAAAGGCCAAAACACACCCGAGGGACAGAUCUUUCAGAAGAGAACACUUAUCACUCCGUGCCUUCAUAAGCAAUAAGUAGGUGCUACUCAGCCCUAGCGGUGCGAGACAGUUUAUUUGAGGCCGUUAGAUCAGAGGGGGAAGGAUCAAGUGUGGUUACGCAUGGCUGGGGAAGGGUGACGCGUGCUGGCAGAUCCCACACACACAAACAUACACACACACGAGUGCAAUACGCCAGCCAGAAGCGGGAAGGGACACAGAAGAGGAGCGUGAGCAGACACUGCGUGUCUGCACCCCGCUUCCUGCUCCUCAGUGACAGAACCACCUAGCCUUUGGUCCUGGCAGCACGGACGGUUCUACAGAGCGACACCACCACCCUCACUUUACACUCUGUGGUAUUUUUCCUUUUUGCCAUCCAGGAGGAGUCUUACAAACAGCAAAGAGAGUUUAGGCCUGAGUACUUUAACCUCUUCAAAACAACGAAGAAAAAGAGCUGAUAUGGAAUAACAGUCUACUCCAGACUAUAAAUACUGGUAACUACAGGAGGGGGGGAAAAAAUGCUGAGAGUAUGAACCACUGCAGUAGGUUAGUUACUGCAACGGUAGGGAGACGGGGCAAGGGGCUGUGGAUUCCCUACACACAAUCUGUAACCUUGUCACACUCCCAUUCAAAACCUGGAACUCUAAAGGUGGGCUGAAACCAGGGAGUGCACGUACGGGACGGUUGACUGUUCAAAGCUUGUGUAUGAGGAUUUUAGAAAUGUACAGUAAGUGAAAAAUGGGUUGGGACCGCAAUAUGGAUUGAAAUGCCAAGUAUAUUAUAUACACCACAGGUGAUAAGCUUUGCAGAUCUGAGGAAGUAGAAACUGAAGACGGACAAAAACAACAUAAAACUUUUCGCCUUUUUCCUUAACAUAGCACAUGUUUCUGGUAGAUUACAUUUUUUCCUUCUGACUGUAGACAACUGACAGCUCUUUUAAUGGGUAGAGUCUGUGCGCUGUAGAUGAAAAGCCUGAAGGUACUUCCAGAGGGCAAGGCAAAUAAAUCCACAUUAAACUGGAGCCUCACCUCAUCAGAGCUGACUUGGGUAGUUUAGAAUUAGAACCAAAUGAGUUUCAGAGGAAGAGGAGGGAGGGAGGAAUUAUUAGGUCUGACAAGAAAAAUGAGCAUUUGAUGGUACGAACUAUGAUACUUUGCUAUGAAAGAAAAACACUGUAUUCCUUAUAUGAAGCACAUAUAUGGUAUCUUUAUUUAUAAUAAAAGUGUUGAAAUCUUUUCUCUCAGCUCAGUUAUUCAGAAGUCCUGUACUUAGGUUUGCUGGUUUUGGUUUGUUUUUUUUAAAUGUUGUAAUUGUGUACACCAUAUACUGCAUUACUGCUAUACGUGUAUUGCUUUGUAAGUACACAAAGUUUGUUUUGUUUUUUAGUGACUAAUAAACUUUAGCACAUCAGGUAGUCCUAUUCUGGUGCAGGAUAUGACCAGCUAUGGGGAUCGUUAAUCUAGAUUAACGCCACAGCCUGUCAUCUGGGAAUAAUCUGAUUCCAUCCGAGAAAAAGUAUGUCAUAUCAUUUGCCAAAUCUUUCUUGACUGUGACAUGCUAAUUUACCUUUUUGUUUAGCUUCACUAGCAUUAUUUUUGCCACCUUUUACUUGUAUUUAUAAAAAAAAAUGUAUUAUCAUUACUUUGGAUUGUUGUGCUGAUAUAAUGUGGGUUUAACAUCAAUAAAUAUUACACAAAUAGAAAGUUUUCCUUCUGGU